UCGGUUCCGCCGGGCGCGGUUCCGGUUCCGGUCCCGGGCUGCGGACAGGAGGACAUGGCGGCGCUCGGACGGGUGUCCCGCCUGCUGCUCGGCGCCGCCGCCCCGCGCUCCCCGCAGGCGCGCGGCUUAGCGGCGGCCGCGGCGCACGAGGAGGGCGGAGCCCGCAUGUGGAAGAUGUUGACCUUCGUGGUGGCGCUGCCCGGCGUGGCCGUGUGCAUGCUGAACUGCUACCUGAAGGCACAGCACGGGCACGGGCACGAGCGGCCCGAGUUCGUGCCCUACUCCCACCUCCGCAUCAGGACCAAGCGUUUCCCCUGGGGUGAUGGGAAUAAAACUCUGUUUCACAACCCCCACGUUAACCCUCUCCCAACUGGUUAUGAAGAUUAAAACCAAGAUCCUGACAACAGCCAGAGCUUUGGCUCUCCCCAUCUUGAACCAGAAUGUUGAGUGGGAAUCAUCAUUUCUGGGGUCAUAGUUUCAGAAACUCCGUGUUUCUUCUGUGAUGAAGCUGAGUGGUGUUGUGGCCCCCGUGUGUACUUGUGAUGGGGUCCUUUAAAUAAACAACUCUGAACGUGAA